UACAAAACAAACAUUUAUAUUUAUUAUCAAGUAAGCCCUCCAAAGAUAAUUAUAAUACACUUAGGUACGUUUUAAAGCCUUCGUUGUCCUGCAGUGGUGAACAUUUAAUAGUUAAAUUUUAGAUUUUACAGGAUUAACUUUUGUUUUCGUUCGAAUUAUAGAUAUCCACCAUGUUUUCCAACAAAGUCGUCCUGGUAACUGGGGCCAGUUCAGGCAUUGGAGCAGAAACAGCUCAGCAGUUCUCCAAAUUAGACGCACUCCUAGUGUUGACUGGCAGGAACAAAGAGAACCUAAAAAAUGUUGCUGAUCGAUGCCAAGAAAUCUCACCACAGAAAUUACAACCUUUCAUUGUUAUUGCUGAUAUGAAUAAAGAAAGUGACAUUGAGAAUAUUAUAAAACUGACUCUAGAAAAAUACAAUAAACUUGAUGUUCUUGUAAAUAAUGCUGGAGUAUUAGAAUCUGGUACUAUUGAGACUACCUCCUUAGCACAGUAUGACAGGGUUAUAAACACAAAUGUCCGAGGUCCUUAUUAUCUGACUAUGCUUGCUACACACGCACAUAGGCGCCGCGAGCAUCCACCGGGUAUCAACCACAACAGAAACAAAGUGACAAAAAAAAAACCUGAAGCCAGCCAAAGUAUAUCAACAGAUUCAUCUCACAGUACAUCUUGUAUUACCAGGAAGUUGGUGGUCUUACUUCAGUUUUUUCACUAA